AUGACCGAGAAACAUCACUUGAAGCACCUUUUUCACAGGGAAAAGACUCCCAAGGCCGAACGGACCUCCUCCCAUCAUGGCCUUCUGAAGCUCUUCCACAAGAGAGACCGCAGCCCGGAGGGUCUGGAAAAGACCUCCACCACGACCCCAAGCACACCCCUGGGGCCGUCUUCCGAGCUGAAUGUGUCGAGAACACCGUCUGUGUUUUCGAUGAAGCGGUCGGAUACAAACGCUCUUCGAGAGAGACCGCAGGCGCCGCCCCCAGUCAAUAGACCAGUCAAGAGAGCUGAGACGUUUGCCCACGCUCCUCUGCCCAAGUUGGGCUUAAGCAAGAAGAAAUCGUUCAAUGGGAACGUUGCAAGCGGGUUUGUUGCACCGCCUCACCAUGACAAGAUCAAGUACAAUCCAUAUGGCUUGAUCAAGAACCCGCUGGACCAGGUGCCUCAUCUGGCCUCUUUCUACUUGAAAGGUGGGCCUGAAUCGGACGUCAAAGUGCCUGCUAACCCGGUGGCCAACCCCAACGACUACUUGCCCAACGAAAUGCAUGAGAAUCACGUCAACUUCUUGGACGAUUUCGAGUUUGAGACUGACGUCCACAAGCUCGGCGAUGGUGGAUCGGCAGAGGUACGCAUUGUACAAUUGGCCACUAACAAAAAGAAGCUUUAUGCAUUGAAGAAGCUCUCAAUGUUCCGCCACGAGUCUGAUGAAGAAUUUUAUGAUCGCUCUUCGAAAGAAUACAUCAUCUCUCGCAAGGCAUCUGAUCUGAGACAUGUGGUAUACAGUUUGGCUCUCUUAAGGCUACAGUCACAAGGCACUAUCACUAGAGGAUGGGGAAUCGUCAUGGAGUACUGUCGGGGUGGCGACCUUUUUAGUCAGAUUGUCAAGCCUGGUUGGAAAAGGUCCCCCAUGGUAGAGAAGUUUUGCAUAUUCAAACAGAUUGCAUAUGGCCUCAAGUAUCUCCAUGAUCAUGACAUAGUACAUCGGGACAUGAAGCCAGAAAACAUUUUGUUGGACUCCAACGGCGUGGCGAAGCUUUGUGAUUUUGGCGUGAGUGAUUAUGGCCACGAGGACCCUCAAAACUUCGACUCUCCGCUUAAGAGGUUCACCACAUACGUUGGUUCUCCCCCAUACUCCCCUCCAGAAGUGAUGAAGCUCAAGGACGCUAGCCAUUCCGAGAAGGCGUCUCUUGCGUACGAUGGGUUUAAGAUGGAUGCGUGGGGGCUCGGGAUGCUUCUCUUUUGCAUAGUUUACGCCGGCGUCCCCUUCCAGCAAUCCUCCCUUCACGAUCACCAAUUUAGAGACUACAAGUUCAACAGAGAUAGGUUUUGCUCCGAUCACCCGCUGUUCAAGACCAACGCUGAUUACGCUAGGGGUCCAGGGUCGAAAUUUAAGUGGGCUGCAAGAUUUGAAAGCAAUGGCGCGGCUAGGGUAGCUUGGAAGCUCUGUGAUCCUAGUGUCAAAACCAGAUACGAUUUAGACGUUUUGUUUAAUGACCCGUGGUUACAAGGCUUGGAAAUGUGCAUUUAUGAACACCCCGACCAAAAUGUUAAUCAUAUAAUCCACGGUAACGGCGCUACAUCAUCAUCUAAUUCAUCAGUUUACGCCCCCUCAGGAGCUCCAUCAAGAAAGAAUACGUCAUACGGCCAGAUUGAAGACGAAGGUAACCUACAUACCCCAUUCAGGAGCAUGUUGGACAUGCCCAGCUUGCAACAAGCCAACGCCGAUGAUACCUCGUCAGUAAAGUCAAGCUCGCUGUUGCUGCAUUCAAAGGUAAAUGAGGAGAAAGUUCUCAAGAACAGAGGCAGCAGUGAUGCUUCGCUCCAUACAUUAUCUUCAGCUGGAUCGAGCAGCGGUAAGCUCAAAUCAAUGUGCGAUGUAGGCAUUGAUAAGAAUACCUUACCGAGAGUCGCUGAAGCCGAACAUGAAGACGGGAAGACCACACUACCGGCAGUACAUGAAGGAAGUGAGUCUCAUGAAGAGAACAAUGGCACAGCGAAUGGGGAUGCUCAGGCGGAUGCCAGUAAUGAGCUACAGGACUGCUUGGAUCAAACAGAAAAGUUGACCCUCAAUGAGGGAGAGUCUAGAUUGGCCGUGAACGGUGAAAGCGAAGAUGGAAAGGGCAGACAUGAGUCAACUGCCUCUUGUGUUACAGGUGAAGAGAAUGAACCGGCCAACUUCCUCAAGGAGAAAGUGCUUUACGAUAGCGACGACUUGAAGAUAGACAGCAACGGAUUUUGCGAAUUGGGUUACAGGAUUAGGAAACACCACCACCUUGAUAUCAGUGCAGCGAAAUCGAAGAGGUGA